CCUUCUAACCAUUUACGACUGCAAGCCCAAAGUCCUUCAACCUCUUAGAAUUUCAGGGUUUUAGGUCUCACUUCACGUUCCUAAACCCUUCCUCUCUCAUUUUUGCCACAACUUGGAGUCCCAAAAAGCAGCCAUGAAUCGAGCGAGAACAAUCCUUAAAUGUCUUAGACUCUACAGCUCGGUCUGCUCGAAUCAGCUUUCCACAACGCGGUCACUCUCCACUCAGGUGACUCACUUCUCUUUCUCUCCUUUCUCUUUGCGCGCUCUCUCAAAUCAUUCUCAUAAUACUACUUACCGGUUCAAUACCCAUCAAAAGCUAUACUUCUCAUCAAAACCAAACUCAAUUGUAGAGCUUUUAUCGACAAAUGAAUGGUCUGCAGAGUUGGAAAACGAUUUGGAAAGUUUGAAUCCCUCCUGGACCCAUGAGACAGUCAUCUAUGUUUUGAAGAAACUAGAUAAAGACCCACAAAAGGCGUGGGAUUUCUUUAAUUGGGUCAGUGAGAGAAAUGGGUUCAGACCCAGUUCCUUGCUUUAUAGUUUAGUUCUUAGAAUAGUUGUUAGCAAGGAUUCAAUGAAGAAGUUUUGGAUUACCAUAAAGAAAAUGAAAGAAGAAGGGUUUUAUAUUGAUGAAGAAACUUAUUUAACCAUUAUGGGGAUCUGUAAAAAAGAAAAAAUGGCUAAUGAUGUGGCGGCUUUGAAGCAUUUUUAUGAUAGGAUGAUUGAUGAGAAUGCUAAGGAUAAUGUAGUGAAGGAUGUUGUUCGUAUUAUUUUGGAGAGAGAGUGGAAUAAGGAGGUUGAGAAAAAAUUGGUGGGAAUGAGAAUUGUGCUGACGGAUAAUUUUGUGAUUAGAGUAUUGAAGGAGCUUCGGAGUUAUCCUGUGAAAGCCUUGAGGUUCUUCCAAUGGGUUGAUAGGCGUGAAGGGUAUCAACACAAUACUGUUACGUAUAAUGCCCUUGUGAGGGUUCUUGGUAGGGAUGACUCGAUUGGGGAAUUUUGGAGUGUUGUUGAUGAGAUGAAGAAUGCGGGUUAUGAGAUGGAUAUCGACACUUAUAUAAAGAUUUCGAGGCAGUUUCAGAAAAUCAAGUUGAUGGAGGAUGCUGUCAGGCUUUAUGAAUUUAUGAUGGAUGGCCCAUUUAAGCCCUCAGUUCAAGAUUGCUAUAUUCUUCUACGAAGCGUCGCGGCAAGCGAUAAUCCAGAUUUGGAUUUGGUUUCUAGGGUUGUAGAUGGAUACAAGGCAACAGGAAAUUCCCUUUCUAAGUCUGUUUAUGAUGGGAUGCAUAGGUCCUUCACGAGUGCAGGGAAGUUUGAUGAGGCAGAAAAGAUUGUGAAAGCUAUGAGAGAUGCAGGGUAUGAGCCCGACAACAUCACAUACAGUCAGUUGGUUUUUGGACUCUGUAAAUCAAAGAGAUUGGAAGAAGCAUGCAAGGUUUUGGAUGAAAUGGAAGCAGGAGGAUGCAUUCCAGAUAUCAAGACUUGGACCAUUUUGAUUCAAGGGCAUUUUGCUGCUAAUCAAGUUGACAAGGGAUUAUUGUGUCUUGUCAAGAUGACAGAGAAAAACACUGAUCCUGAUGCUGAUUUGCUGGAUGUGUUAGUAAAAGGUUUCCUCAGUCAAAGGAAGAUGGAUGGUGCUUACACAUUUCUUGUGGAGAUGGUGAACAAGCUUCGUUUGGUACCUUGGCAAGCUACUUAUAAACUUCUAAUUGAAAAGCUCUUACAAGUAAGAAAGCUCGAAGAAGCAACAGACCUUCUACGCUUAAUGAAGAAGCAUAACUACCCGCCUUUUCCUGAGCCUUUUGAUCAAUAUAUAUCCAAGUUUGGGACUGUGGAGGAUGCUGUGAAUUUCUUUAAGGUGCUAAGUGUGAAGGAGUAUCCAUCAUCUGUCGCUUACCUUCGAAUGUUGGAUUCCUUUUUAAGAGAAGGCAGAGAUUCUGAAGCCAGAGAUCUGUUGUUCAAGUGCCCUCACCAUAUCCGUAAAGAUCAUAAAAUCAGCAAACUUUUUGGUUCUGCAAAGACGGGUGAUAAGACUGCUUGACUUUUCUUUUAUUUUUCUAGUAUACAUGAAAUUUGUAAGUUAUGCCAUCACGAAACAUCGUUGGAAUCUUUUAUAUUUUCAUGUGGUUGAAGCCACAUUUGUUCGAA